AUGGGAUUUGAAGAAUGCUACGUAUUCGGUUCUACAGAAGUUGUAUUAUGGGUUCUUAAAAAGCAAAACACCUCUAACGUUGAGUUGCAGGAUUCACUCUUGAAUAACUCAGGAAAGGGUUUGCGGUGGAGAACAUGGGCACCACAGAUGAGGAUUUUAGUAUACAAGUCUGUCAGGGGAAUCCUGACUUACUAUGGUUGGAGUUCAGUUAUAGAGAGUCUUCAAGUUGGUUGUCCACUUGUUAUGUUGCCCUUCCAAACUGAUCAAUUUGUAGUUGCUAGGUUUAUGGAGGAGAAAAGGGUAGGGGUCAAAGUAGAGAGAAGUGAGCAUGAUGGGAAGUUCAUCGGGGAAUCGUUGGCCAAUGCAUUGAGAUCAGUGAUGUUGGAAAAAACUUAUAGAAAUGAAGCAAAGGAAAUGAGUAAAAUAUUUGGGGACAAAGAACUGCACCAAAAAUAUGCAGAUGAGUUUGUUGAAUAUAUGGAAAUCCAUAGGCCUGCCAUAAAGGAUUAGCCUUUCUGCUAUUGUAUUAUAUCAUACAAAAUAGGUGAGUUUUUGUUGUGCUAUUUCUUUUCU